ACAAAAACAAAAAAAAGCUGCGCCGGAAACACCAAAAGGAUCCCCUGUCAUUCCCUUCUUCAACCAAAAAAGAAACCCAGAGGACUCCCCCGCCUGAACUUCCAUCGCCGCCUACCCUUGACCACCCCUAGACACCCCAUAAACACGACCUCACCCCUAAGCUACAGCCGCACAACUUAGACCUCUCUUCUUCUUCAACCAUCAACUCACCCAAAAGAACACCCCUAAACUUGGAGCAACAGCCAGACCCAUCUCCAACCAACCAACGAACCAGGCUGCUCUAGAAGAGAAUACCAGAAUUGCCACAAAACCCCUAAUCUCGUAGAGAAGAACAAUCGACCUCCCUUCAAUAAAAGAACGGACGCACCCCAGCCCCUCAUGUGAAAAAUGAAGGUCAAAACAGAAGGGAAUUCGGACAUGGUUUUAGAGGAGAAUCCAGUGUCCUUCAAAUUUAAAUUUGACUUCAAGUUCGAGUCCGAAUUUUCGGUUUAGUCUCGAUUCCAGAACACCUAAGCAGCAAAAAAAAAAAAAAAUCGAAAAAUACAAUCAAAAAUAUUUCUGAUUUUCCUUCUUUCCAAUCCUGACUUUGGGAUUUUAAUUAUGGAGUUUGCUUGAGAUCGGAGUGGUGUUCGUUCGAGUUCGCUGCGAUUCGCGGUCCUGUUUGACUCUUGUUGCUGAUUUUAGUUGGAUUCUGGAGUUAAACGUUGUAGCCGAGUUUUCUAUAUUCAGUUGUUAAGAAAAGUUCUGGCCAAACAGUGCUAAUACUGAUUGAGUUCAGACAAAUUUUGUUCCCGCUCAAGCUCAUUGUCCUCCAGAGACGAUAAGAAUGGAGAGAACUCCAUCGGCUUGUGCGAUGCAGUGGAGCAUUGACCUUGAAAAGGGCCUCCGUUCUAAUAAACCUGGUAAAUCUGCAGAAGCCAUACUAGAUAUUGGGCCAAAACUUGAGUGGUGGAGUAGAGAGUCAAAUCUUAGUGUUGCUGAGUACAAAGUAUUCGGCUUAAUUCCUGGGGAGGAUAAGCUAUUUGCAAAUACUAUCCUCCUUAGGCUUGCAGAUGCAUUUAAGUCAGGGGACAAACAUAUGAAGCUUUGCAUUUUGAAUAUUUUCUUGUCCGAGCUCAAGCAGAGGAGUCGAUUGAGGAGCAAGGGGAGAAAAGAUAAGGGGAUCCUUUCGAAGGAUAAAAUAGAUAGCUAUAGAGAACUUCUAAGUAGAAUAAAGAUAGUAUUCGACACCGGAGACGUUGAAGAGAGAGCAUUGGCUUUAGCUCUAUUUGGUUGCUGGGCUCAUAUUGCAAAAGAUAGUGCUGAUGUAAGAUACCUCAUCCUUUCAAGCUUGGUGUCUAUGCAUGUUCUGGAGGCAAAGGCUUCUUUGUUUGCAGCUGGAUGCUUUUCUGAAUUGGCGAACGACUUUGCUUAUGUAUUUCUGGAAAUGCUUGGAGGUCUUUUGAUGUCAUCUGAAACAUCAAGGGUUAUAAGGUUAGCAGGAGGACGUGCUUUUGCUAAAAUGUGGUGCUCACUUUUACUAGUGGAUAGAGCUCAUAAGACUGGUAUGAAGCUUAUCCUAGAAUCUUCAGAAGAAGACUUCUCGUUGGUGAUGCUAGUUUCACUUUCCAAAAUUGCUUCUAAAUGGACAUCUUUAAUUCCUAUACAGAUGGAACUACUUUUCUCAUUUAUGGCAAAGGACAGAGGUUUGAGCCUGCAAGCUUUGGCAUUAAAAUGCCUCCACUUCAUUUUAGCCAAAGGAAUUUAUCACUUCCAUGCCAGUUCAAAUGUGACUCUAAAGUACUUUACAAUGCUGCUGCUCAACCUGGAGACAAUUCCAUGCACAGAGAUCCUCACUAGUUUCUCCAAGUUCUUACAAAUUGUUGAGUUCAAACUACAUUCUUCAAUUAUCUCAGAGAGGCUUUUCUCUGUUCAUGUAUUAGCUAGUAUUUUUGACAAGCUUUUGGGAAUACCGAAAGAUGCAGCUGGUGGAAUUGGUUCAAUUGUUACAUCUCGCAUGAUUACUUUCACCAUCGAUCGUAUCUCCCAACUAAUAAAGUUAGUGGUUGAUGAUCCUCAUCCAAACAAAGAGGCGGAGCAGGAGGUAACGAGUUUACUCUUUAUUUUAGUUAAUCUGGUUGAAAGGCAUCGAGAUCUCUCUGGUAUUGUAUUGGAUAAGAUCUGUAUAGUUAUCGAACAUCUGGUCCGCAUGCUCAAUGAAGUUACCAGCAUGGAGAAUUCAGGCUCAGAAGAUCAUCAUAUGAUAGAGCUCGACAAAGAGAACCAUACAUCAACUGCAUCGAGAGUUUUGGUUUGUUUAUCCCAGAUUCUGAUAACUUGCUUUGAAAUGCUGGAAGUUUCCACUGCUGGUGCCACCCAAGUCUUUAACAGAAUGGAGCAUUUGGUUGAGCAUGUGCACCGGUGCAGCUUACUUCCUGUUUACAUCCGCCUAAUAUAUCACCUUUUAUUGCACUUCCAUGCUGGAUAUCACUGUAUGUGGCUGAAGAUAGGGGAAGAUACGGUUUCUAAUAGAAAUUUUCGUUUAUCUCGUUGUAGUUCUCUCUCAGCUUAUGGUUCCCUAUCCCAGAAUGAAAGUCUCAUUAUUGACUGUGUGAAGGAAAUUUUGGAUAAAAAAGACUACUGGUCGUCUUAUAAGCUUGGAAAAUAUGCGGCAUGUCAUGGUGCAUGGUUGGUAGCUGCUUACAUAUUUGGGGAUCUAAUUCCUAUGGUUCGAUCUGAUAUCUGUUGUUUGUGGUUGAAAUCCUUAUCCCAUCUUUCAGAAUUAGAAAGGCAAGUCCAGUUGUUCAGGCUCACUCUUUCUGGAAAUACUGCCGGGGACACUACGACAGUUAAUCAAAUUGAAAAUGUUGUCGGGGCCUCCAACAAACUUUGUUCUUUAGAGGAAGCUUUUGGUACCUCUGUUUCUGGUCGUGCUUUUAGUUUCCAGAGAUGGUUUAUUACUAUAAGAUCAAAGGUUGUUGGAACGGUAGCAGAUGUACUUAAAUUAUUGAGCACAAAUUCGUUUUCAGCAGAAGCCUCCAGAAGUACUGAACGACUAGGGGAAAGGAUUUUGGUUCAGCAGUUGGAAUCUUCACAAGGACUCAGCUCUUUGUUGCAAUUGCUUGCCCACGCUUCUUCUCAGCUCAUGAGGCUAGCAAGAGAAUUUGAUCUCUUAGUAGCGUCAUUCAUUGGCAUGGACAGAAAAAGUAUGAAGAUAGUUUCUGAUCUUGGAUUAGGUUGUUCACUAUUAGCCUUUAGUACUGGAUUAACAUUUCUUUUUGUCAGUUCCCAUGGUAAACAAGAUUGUAGUAUUUAUGGUCUUGAAACCUCAGAGGAGCAAUUUCAUACUCUGCUGGUUCAUGACUUAUUAAGGAGACUGGGCUAUAUAGACUUAGAGACUAGCAAAAAUUUACGGCAACUUUUGGAUUUCCGUCGAAGUUCUAGGAGCUGUUCCAUGCAAGAAUUCCAAAAUGAAAUUUCUUCCACUAGUGUUGAAGCAAGAGAUGUUGCUAAACUUUGUAGAUAUUCUGUUCAGAGAUUUCUUAGUUUGCAAGCGAGUACUGUACAUGUCAAUACUGGUAUAUCCCAGAUUCCCCGUGAUGCUUUGCAGUUGCUGUUCAACAUUAUUUUCUCGUGGAUACAGAUCCCUUUCCGCAGUCCCAAACACUUUUUUCGAUUGAGGCCUCCCAUUUCUGCUGAGCUUUUCAUAACAAAUGAAGCUGGUAAAAGGAUAAAUAAUAUAUCUGUCUUGUCAGGCUUUCAGCUCCCUCUAACUCUGUGCAUUCAACUAAGAAAUAUAUCGCCAGAUCAGCUGUCUCGGGCGUCGAAUAGAGGAUGGAUUCUGUACUUAGAUUUGGUGGCGAUUUCCAAAUGUAGAAGGGCUUGCCUGAAACUGUUGAGAAAGUGUAUCAGUGAGAAGUUUAGCAAAAGAUCCAGGAGAGUAACGUUUGCUAGAGUCAUAAAAUGUAGGUUUAAGAUAGUUGUUGGUGUAGCCAUUACUGCCUAUGGAGACGAAAAAUGACAGGUCACUUGAGAACUCAAUUGGCUGUAAAAAAUCAAUUCGCUCACAUAGACUUUCCCUGCAAACACAAAUUAAAAGCUAGCCCAUGGUUUGGUUAAUAUAAUGGCAGUAGGGUCACUCAUUUUCCUUGUGAUACUGAUGCUUCUUUUCCAGAGAAUUUUGGGUGAUGCACUGAACUUUUUUUGCAGUUGGCAAAUCCUGCUGCUUUUCCUCGUAAUAGCUGGAGCUUGGUUGGGAAGGAGAGCCUUGGAGCAAUGGUAAAGUUCUCUCCGUAUGACCUAUAGGUCACGGGUUCGAACCGUGGAAGCAUCCACUAAUGCUUGCAUUAGGGUAGACUGUUUACAUCACAUGCCUUCGAGUGCGGCCCUUCCCUGGGCCCUGCGUGACUGAGGGAUGAUUUGUGCACCGGGCUGCCCUUUUUUAGCUGGAACUUGGUUGCGGUUUUGGGUUGUUCACAAACUUGUACUUUUUGAUGAAGUAAUUUCAUUACUGGCAUCAAGAAGAUGCAUAAAUUACAAAAGAGUGUAGUAAUUGUUAGCUCCUUACAAAUGUUUAUACUAGUACUAGGGAGCUACAAAAUUAAAAAAACUAUCAAGGGAGUCUACAGGGGAUAGAUGAGCCCAGCUAUACAAAUACAUGAGGCAUCUAGCUUUGAGUUUGUGGGGAGAGGUUGAUACUCCAUCAAAACACCUGCUGUUUCUCUCAUUCCAAUUGCUCCAAAAAAUAGCUGCAGGUAUCAUCUUCCAUACUUUCCUAAUGGUGCUAUCAACUUUCCAGUAACUCCAAGGCUCAAAAGCAUCCCUGAUAUUAUGUGGCAUGACCCAUCUAAGUCCAAAGAGUGAUAUAAACAUACUCCAUAAAUCUGUUGCAACAAGGCAUUGAAGAAAAAGAUGGUUGUGAGUUUCUGCCUCCCUCUGGCACAUGUAGCAUCUAUUCACGUUCGCAAACUUGUACUUGCAGAAGAUGGAUCCAUUGACAUCGAAGUAUCUCAAUAUGUCGGUUGGUCCAUUCGAGUUUUUUGCUUCGGGAUUGAUUAUUCAGGUUUUCAUUAUGGCUAGGAAUACUUUUUUUUUUCCCACCUAUACAUUUGAUCCUCCUAAAUUCUCACACUUUUGGUAGUCUGUAGCGCUUACCGGAGUUAAUUGGGUAGAUACGUAGCUUUAUUUUUUCUUCAGAGUUCUCCGGAUCUUUUAUUGGUUUUGGAGGCACUGAUAUGUGGAGUUCUGAUUUCGCUAGUCUUGACGAGAUUAUUCCGUCCCAAAUAUGUUUUGCGCUUUUGCAAGUGAGUCUGCCUUUAUUUUUAUUGUUUUA